CAGGUGAUUCGUAUAAGACAAAACUCAGAUGGACUCACUGACCUUGAACAUUUGGAAACAGAACUUCGGGUGAGUAUUGGUUUGACCCUUGGUGGAACUAAGAUUUAUCCAUGAGGGUGGGACUGGCCUUCAUAUUAUUGCUUUUGGUAAUUGUAUAAUAUUACUAUCACAGUUUCUCAAUCGCGUGGUUGACUUUUCAAUGUAUUUCUUGUACUUUCUUCUUUUAAACAAAACAUCUUUGUUAGUAUUUCUUUUUUUUUUUUUUUUUUUUUUUUUUUUUUUUUUUAAAUUUUUUUUUUUAUUUAAAUUAUUUUUUUUUAUUUUUUUUUUUUUUUUUUUUUUAAUAAUUUUUUUUUUUUUUUUUUUUUUUUUUUUUUUUUUUUUUUUUUUUUUUUUUUUGAAAAAUGUAAUAUUCAAUUAAAAUAGUUAUUUAUUAGCCAUUCAAUAUUGUACAUUCUGUAUACUAAUAUUUCAUAAAUUCUCGUUGCAAUUCCACAGCGGUCAUGUCGUUGUGGACCGGAGCGAUUGCUGAUCGGUUCCUUCUCGGCAGCCUCCAACGUGACCGGAAUCCUCACAGACACCCUGGCCAUAUCCCUGCUCAUGCACAAGUACAAGGGAUUCGCGCUCUUUGACUACGCAUGCGCUGCGCCGUACGUGGAGAUAGACAUGAAUUGUACGGAAAAGGGGUGAGUCCUGUUCGCAUCCAUUCAAAGAAAUUGCACAAAAUGUAACUGUCUGUUAAUCUCAACAGAUCAUUUCGUUGGAUCUGUUCGAUUAUAAACUAUUUCCAUUUCACGAGAUUUUGCUAUUUUAAAAAAAAAACGGGGUUAAAUAUCGGUAAUUUGGUGGGUUUUUUUAAACAAAAGAGUAAGUCUUUAUUUCUGCUGUCAGAUGGAAUCAUCGAGAAGAGUGGGUUAGGCGACCACAUUUGUAAAGUUAUAAACGAAACAUUUGUUUAACAAAACACCGUGACAGCCAGCCUCACGAAAGCUAAGACGAGCAGCGCCAUCGUGGAUGAUUGCCCGUUUGGCUGUCUUGUCUUUAACACUCAUUAAAACAACAACUAAAUAGGAAAUUGAUCGUAUAAAUCAUCAUGAUGAAUUACUUUCGACUUAUCGACGGCUUCCGCUCUUAAGAAAUCCUAUUUCCUUUAUCUUGCCCUGGAACAGAUGUAUAAAAUAUUUUUUUGAAGUUGGGGGCAGGGGCUGGGGCGGAAAAAAAUUGAUAGAAUGCGUUGCCAUGGGCAGCGAGUCCUUGUGCCAAGUUUCAGCUUGUUAGGAUGACCGGAAGUUGGUCAACUGGCCUUACGAAGGUUUUGCCACAAAGAGGCCGACGAAGAAACACACGAACAAAAUCAAAGUAAAGGAUGUGAGAAGCUUUCGCGAUUUGAUUCCAGCUUUUCUUUUUUGAUACUGUUUUUAUAUUUUUUUUUUUUUUUUUUUUUGUAAAUUCCCCUCUAGAAAGAUAAAUAGAUGGUCCCCGUCGCCCAAGCAACAUCACAUUUCCAGCACCAACCGUUUCAUGGGUUACAUUAUUAUAUCAAACACUUCGUUGUGGAUUUUGUUUAGCGUAAAUUGCCGAUAAACCAUUUGCUUCACUCCACAGAGAACAAGCAUAUAAAGAUGCCGUGUUCAUUUCACCUCACAAAUUUGUUGGUGGACCACAAACACCAGGUAAUUGACUGGAGCCCCGUAGUGCGCUUGUACGGGAUCAACAGUAGAUUUAAAAAAAAUAAAAUGGAAUAUUAAAAGUUGUAGCGACGACACAACAAAGGCAGAGAUGAGUGAAGAACAUGUGCUAGUCUCUUUGGCCUGUUAAAAUGUAUCAAAUUUUUAUACAUUUCUUACACAAGGCUCACUUAACAGCUCUUCCUGUGUAGCUAUAAGUGGGGACCAAGAUUUGCACUGUACAUCAAUUCCCAGCCUAGACAGGACCCCCCCUCCCCCCCACACUUUUUUUUUAGCUUUAAGAAAACGCAAAAUCUAAAUUUAAACCCGGAGAUGGAGUCCCGUAGGUGCUAUAACAUUGACGCAAUGAAAAUGCGACAAAUCCUGCGACACGGAACGCAUUAGUAAAGCGACUCACAAAAAACAUACUGCUGGUCAUCUGCUCCAUUCUAGUAAACUCCCAAGGCGUCUUGACUAAGGCCUGCUAAAGGAACAAAACGGAAAAAGUGAGCCUGGCGAAUUGAGCACUCCCCCCCCCCCCAAUACCCAUUGCUUAAAACAAAUUACGGCUCUGGUCAAGGCUACUGCCCAAGUGGAAGCCUUGGUCUUCUUCGCAUACGAAGGAAGAACGAUAAAUAAACCUGGAAGCAAAUGUGUUUAUGCGAUGUGUUUUUUUAAAAAUAUUCACGUUUGGUCAAGAAUCAUUCUUCAGAAAUAAGCCUGAACGGCGAAUCCACGACAUUGAUGACACCGACCAGAGUAAAUAAAUGCAAUUGUAUUUUCUGUCUCCUGUGGUGUUAAUCUAAGACUUUGUCCUAAUACGUUUCUAGACUUGAAAUGAUUAACAACGCGAAAAAAAACGAAAUAUACUUUUUAAUAGUGCGGCUGGCUGUGAGCAGUGUGGUAACGUACGCCCCGUAGUUCUUUUAACGGUUCUCCCCCAAAUUCCAAAUUCAAUGGCUUAUUUUACGUAUGCGCCAAUGUCGGCAAUGUGUUUGAAUAAUGAGAAAGGCGAUUGCCCUGAAAUGUAACAACAAGCAGCUGACAAUGUUCAUAUUUCUACAACAGGAAUUCUGGUGGCGAAAAGAUGGCUGUUCAAAAACAAAACUCCUCACGGCGUUGGAGGAGGCACUGUUGUAUUUGUAAGUGUUUGGGAGGGCGCUGCUGUAUUUGUAAGUGUUGGGUACUGUUGUAUUUGUAAGUGUUGGGGGAGGGACUGUUGUAUUUGUAAGUGUUGGGGGAGGGACUGUUGUAUUUGUAAAUGUUGGGGAGGGACUGUUGUAUUUGUAAGUGAUAGGGAGACAUUGUUGUAUUUGUAAGAGUUUGGGAGGGCACUGCUGUAUUUGCAAGUGUUGGGUACUGUUGUAUUUGUAAUUGUUGGUCGAGGGACUGUUGUAUUUGUAAGUGUUGGGGGAGGGACUGUUGUAUUUGUAAGUGUUUGGUAGGGCACUGCUGUAUUUGUAAGUGUUGGGGAGGCACUGUUGUAUUUGUAUGUGUUAGGGAGUAACUGUUGUAUUUGUAGUGUUUGGGAACGCACUGUUGUAUUUGUAAGUGUUGUUGGAGGCACUGUUGUAUUUGUAAAUGUUGUUGGAGGCACUGUUGUAUUUGUAAGUGUUGUUGGAGGCACUGUUGUAUUUGUAAGUGUUAGGGGGGGACUGUUGGAUUUGUAAGUGUUGGGGAGGGACUGUUGUAUUUGUAAAUGUUGUUGGAGGCACUGUUGUAUUUGUAAGUGUUGUUGGAGGCACUGUUGUAUUUGUAAGUGUUAGGGGGGGACUGUUGGAUUUGUAAGUGUUGGGGAGGGACUGUUGUAUUUGUAAGUGUUGGGGAGGGACUGUUGUAAUUGUACGUGCUUCGUUUCUUGAAUUCUUCUUUUGUAUGUGUGUGUUGGAAAUGUCAUUCUCUUCUGUUGACAACGUUUGUGUUCAUUAUUUCAGUUCACCCCACCCCCUACCCAUCACCCUUCAAACCCUACCCAUCCCACAAAAAAAGUUAAAUACGGAUUAAAUGUCAGUGUCAUUAAAAAAAAAAGAGCAACAAAUGUAUUGUAGAUCCAGGUGAAUAAGAGCACUCACAGUCAGCAGACAUACAACCAAAGUAAAUUUAACUAGCGAACAAGGUAGUCCGCGCUGUGAGAUACAUUAAAUAACAUAUACGCUUCGGUUAAAAACCUCUCCCUGAAAUAAUUUUUAAAAAAUUCAUGAGUAAUGUAAUUUAUAUAAAUUUCAAUUUUACGUUAAACACUCUGUGCGUUAAAUAAAGUUUGAUUAGUUAAAAAGAGUAUCAGCCAUCCUGAUGAUGUCAAGCAGCCGUCCCCGGUACUUCGUGAACUAUUUGCCAGGUAGAAACCCACUGUAGAAAUUCCUAUUAGAGGGCGAUCGACACUUCCUUGGGUGAGCAGUUUUUUUUUUGGGGGGGGGGGGGGGGGAUGUAAGGACUUCACGCUUGGGAAAGUCGACUGCUCAGGUUGGGAGAGGACCGUCAGCGGCCGAUCUUGGGAUGAUGAUUUGUCAAUCACGAGAGUGCGAACGGUUGGGGGGGGGGGGUUCUGUCUAAGCAGGAGGACAUCUCCAACAAGCCUCUUUGCAGCGCAACGGUAAGGUGCUUUAGGGAAGGCAUUAAGAACUUGUAUUAGCUCGAUGGUUCGCUGGCGCUAUGUUGUAAUGUGCAUCCGCACGAGGCCGAGCGAAACAAAGUAUUUGAUGCACUUUGUUUGACACUAGGAAGAGGCUGCGUCUUUAAUGAAUAGGAUCGCGUGCAAUUUUUCCCUUCUGGAUCUGUGUAAGACAUCAUCUGUAUUAGACAUCACCUGUUUUAGACAUCUCCUGAGCUAGACAUCAUCUAUGUUAGAUAUCACCUGUGUUAGACAUCAUCUGUGUUAGACAUCACCUGUGUUAGACAUCACCUGUGUUAGACAUCCCCUGUGUUAGACACCACCUGUGUUAGACAUCCCAUUUGUUCGACAAUAACCCGUGUUAGACACCAAGUGUUAGACACCACCCGUGUUAGACACUACCUGUGUUAGACACCACCUGUGUUAGACACCACCCGUGUUAUACACCACCCGUGUUAGACACCACCCGUGUUAGACACCACAUGUAUUAGACACCACCUGUGCUAGAAUCACCUGUGUUAGACACCACCUGUGUUAGAUACUAUAUGUUAGACACCACCCGUGUUAGACACCACCCAUGUUAGACACCAUCUGUGCUAGACACCACCUGUGUUAGACACCACCUGUGUUAGACACCACCCAUGCUAGACACCAUCUGUGUUAGACACCACCUGUGCUAGACACCACCUGUGCUAGACAGCUAACAGAUCAGCUUGCGUCCAAAGGUUCGGCGCUUCAACCACACCUACCUGCACGAAGUAGAGCACCGGGAGGAGGGCGGCACCCCGGCCAUCAUAGAGUCCAUCCGUGCCGGUCUGGUUUUCCGACUGAAGCAGGCGUUCAGCCACAAGUUUAUCAUGAGCAGGGAGAAUGAGAUGUUUGAGUAAGUGCAACCGGCGUGGACAGAUUUAAAUAUUUAUUGCUGGACUGUUUUUUUUUGUUUUUUUAAUUUAUAAAUAUUACUACUUUCAUCUAUCGACAUAAUUUUUAUUCAUCUAUUCUUUUGGGAUAGAGAUUAGAUGUCUGAAUGUCGAGUCCCAAAAUGUCUAAGAUACAAACUAAGACUCCUAGUCAGACCUCUGCAAGACGCGAAGUCAGCAUUGAGCUCAAACACUUUGCCUUUUAUGAAUAGGUAUCAAAUCCAGUGGGGAAAUACAAGGUUAUAUUUAUAUGAAGCGUAAUGCAACCCUUCAUACAUUGAUUUCUCUUAUUCGGAUUGCUCCAAAUUCUAGAGAUAUUACGGUAACUGCAGAUAGAAUCCUUUGUUUAUAGAUCUGCUGGAAGAUCUAAGUAAGACAAAGAUUAAUACAUUUUAAUGGCUGACAGAUGUUAACAAUGAUGAAAGUGAUCUGAAAAUAUGCGACGAUUGCUUAUGUUUGAAGCGUAACGAUCAAUUAUUUUUUUUUCAAUCAAUAAAUAGCUAUCGGAACGUAUUACAAACCAUACCCCAACUUCACCAUGUCUUCAGAUAUAUGAACAGUAUAAAAAAAGUACUCACUUUUUUUUUACCCCUCUGAUUUUCAGGGCCUUUAUUAUUAAAUCUACAAAUAAGUACCUGACUUAAAUUUUAAACACCGUUGCCUACAUCAGAGCGACGUUUCUCUAGAUUCUGUCGCUUCUUUCGCAAAGGUUCGAAAUAAAUAUUUAGAAAAGAAAAAAGAAAAAAAAAAACACAGCUGUUCCAUAUCCAUUCGAUCCCCAUUUCAAAUGACGUCUUCCCCCAAAAUGUAUUUCCUGCCAUGACAUCAUCUGUGCCGGUAUUUCAGGCUGGCAAGUCGUAUCUGGGGAGAGCAUCCAAACAUUCUCAUCCUCGGAAACCUGAUCGUGCGACGGCUGCCCAUCUUCUCCAUGCUGUUCCUGAACCCAGUCACGGGUCGCCUGCUCCACCACGACUUCGUGGCCAUGCUGCUGAAUGACCUGUUUGGGAUACAGGUCCGCAGCGGAUGUGCGUGCGCUGCUCCGUAC